AUGGGGACACAAGCUUUAUGUAAAAUCCAAUCGCCCAUAUGGUUCUUCCUUAUCGUUGGUUUAAUAGUCCUUCGGCCUGGGCCAUCGGCCGGCAUACCUUUAAUAAACAGCGAUUGCAAUCCAGAUAAUGGAACAGUAAAUCCAGCCACAAUUUUUACCAGGGCUGCCGUGAAAGCCAACGCUGACCAUCUCGGCGACGCUGCUGUGACCAUACAAUAUGGCGGCGAGCGACGCAAAUGGGUGUUCACGACCAUGGCGGAUAAAUUGGUGGCUGAGAAGGUGCUUCCCAUCACCCUCAAGGCCCUAGGCCGGCUGCCCCUGGAGCAGGGCCUCCGGGAGAUGGGGGCCUCCCUGGACCCCUCCUGGAGCGACCCCACCGGGCAGCAGCUGGCGGGGGAGGGCAGUGGCGGUGAGGGCAGGACGCGGCGGCGGCUGAGGGGGCCCAAGGAGGGGGGUGAUGACGCGAGGGGAGGCGACAGCGGCGACAGCCACAGCGGUGGCGGCGGUGGCGAUGGCUUGAGUGGUCGUGCUCUGAGCAGUUUGCUGGUGGUAGUCACCUGGGAUUUAGGCGGCUACGUGGCUUGUGAGAGGCUGCGGCGGAAAGAGUUGUUUGGACACCACUGCGUGCGGCAAGAGCUUCAUGAGCUACAUAGUGAGGGCUCAAGCAACAUGUCCGCCUUCCACUCUCCCGAAUUCAAUGCGCUGGGGUACGCCAAAAUCAAGUACCUGUACGACGCGCUUUCCCUAGGGUACGACGUGAUGGCAGUGGAUGCGGACGUGCUGGUUCUCAAGUCCCCGCUUCCCUUCAUAUUGCAGCAGAGGGCCCAGGUGGCGGCGCUCACGGAGAGAUGCGAGGUGGUGGACCCCUUCAUGCAGCUGCAGCUGGGCAAGGCUCGGUUCCCCAACCAGAACAUCGGGGUGGUGGUGGCCCGGUCUGACGGCCCCGUGGUGCGCUGUGUGGAGAGGUGGUUUGCAUCCAUGGUCGUACACAUGGACAACCCCCUGCUGUGGGACCAGGAGGAGUUCAACAGGGUGAUCGCCCACUGCGCCUCCCACCUGGGUAUGCGGUGGCACUCCCUGGACAACCGCCGCUUCGUGUCCCUCUGCUACUCGCAAUGCGGCUGCACCUACCCGGACUCGGAUAUGGAGCUGCUCACUGACCCAGCAAUGCGCCGCAAACACUUCGAAUGGUCGUUCAGGCGGGGUGUGCCGUACGAGGACCCCGUGGCGCGUACGUGCGGCCCGAGCGCGUGGGCGGACUGGGUCCUGGCGCACUUUCCAUGCCAGGGCUCCAUAAGGGAUAAGGUCAAAUACAUGGGUCAGCUGCUAGAGGGCUACCUGGUGGGGGAGCCGCGGGUCAUCAAGAACUUGGCCAAGAGAAAGAGCUUUCCGGUGGCGGAGCCCUCACCGCCUCCAAGCAGCCGUGUGGACUGCCCCCCGGGCCCCCCUCCGGUCUCGCUCUCCCCACCCCGACCCGCCCCUCUCCACCCACCCUGGAGUGAUGUACCCGCUGCCGGCUGUGGCCUGGAGGGCGGGAAUGCCGAGCCGCGGCCGCCGGCACGAGUCGCAGCGGCGGUGACGACGACUGUCGGCAUGACCGGCGGCCACUUCCCCGCUCUUCCCUCGCCGCCGCCCGACUGGGGGGGUCGCGCCUGCUACUUCCUGCUGGGUGCGGGGCUGCUGGCGGCGUGGAACUCCCUCAUCACCGCCACCGACUACUUCGGUGCCGUGUAUCCGGGCUGGCACACGGACCGGCUGUUCACCGUGUCGUACUUGCCUGUGUGUCUGCUGAUGCUGGUGGUGGGUGUCCGCUAUCCGGACCUGCUCCCAGCAGCCGUCAGGAUCCGCCUGGGAUAUGCGGGUUUCACACUCGCCAUGGCUGCCGUACCGCUGCUGGACGCGCUGCUGCUGAUGGAACCCGCCGGCAGUGGUGGCGGUGACGGCGGUGACGGUACGGCAGCCGCCGCCACCGCGGUGCCGGCGGCUGUGGGCGGUUUGUUGGCUGUGUUGGUGUGUGUGGCGCUGGUGGGCGCCUGUGAUGGCCUGUGCCAGGGGGCUGUGUACGGCGAAGCCGCACAGCUGCCGCCGCCGUACAUGCAGGCGCUGGUGAGCGGUACGGCAAGCUCGGGUUUGCUGGUGGGCCUUAUGCGGAUCACCUCCAAGGCGGUGUUCGAGAACGUUCCUGGGGCCCCGGCGAGGGAUGAAGGGGGGGACUCUGUUGCUGGGGAAGAGGAGGAGGUGUUCAAAAGGAAGCGAGAGGGGCUGCGGGACGGUACGCGCCUCUACUUUGCACUGGCAGGCCUCCUGUCAUUUGCUUGCUUAAUCGUGUACGACGCCGUACUGCCGCGCUUGCGAACGCUUCCGUCGCGUGGGACCGCCGUCGCAGCGGCAGCGGCAGCUUCUGAUGUCUCCGACGGCGACCAUGGUGGCAAUCACGUGUACGAACAUCAUCCGUUGCUACUCCCGCUGCCCCUGGAGCUGUCUACGGAGUGCAAGUCUGGUGCGGGUAGCGGGGAGGGAAGCUGGCGGAGUGAUGGCGGCGGCGGCGGCGCCGCCACGGCCGUCAACGUGGAUGUCGACGGAUCUUGGUCCGCCACAGUCCCAAGUCUUUACCCUCAGACGGUCGACGGCGACGUUGGCGGUGGCGGUGGCGGCGCCGCCAGCAUUGCGUACCCCCCUGGCGGUGGUGGCGACGGCAGCCACGGCGGCGGCAGCGGCGGCGAUUACCCUUUCGGGCCGCACGCCGGGGCGGUGGCAUCCGCCGCCGCUGUCGGCGACCGCGGCGGCGGCGACGGCGGCGGCCUGUGCUCCGCCGCGCAGUACAGUCGUGGCUCGGAUGGGCACGCUGGCGGCAGGCUCAGCGGCAGUGACGGUGCCGUACGUGUCCAGAUCCUGCACUGCCUCUUCCUUAGCUGGGCCCUAUGCGGGUCGCUGUUCCUGACGUACACCGUCACGUUAUCCAUCUUCCCUGGCUUCCUGGCGGAGGACGUCCAUAGCGCCCAGCUGGGUGACUGGUACCCCAUCCUGCUCAUCACCGCAUUCAACCUGGCGGACCUCGUGGGGAAGAGCCUGCCAGUCAUGGAGCCGUUAAGGCCGCCGUUGCAAUCGCCGCAACCGCUGCAACCGCCGCAACCGCUACCACAAGCGCGGCUUUCCAGAACGCCGCCGAUACGACAGGAGGAGCAGCCGCCGCCGCAAUUGCCGUUGCCCACAGAGACCUCCCCAUACCUCGCACACCACAACCACAACCACAACCAGCACGGCCGUGAACAAGAACGUGGAUAUGAAGGUGCACAUGACGGCUAUCACGACCACCAAGAUGACGCCGUCGGUAAUGAACCCGGACAUCCGUUGCUACUGCCCCUGCCGAAGAGGGCGGCUCCAGGGGGGAGAGGCAGUAGCAAAGCGGUGAGGCUGCGGACGUGUGGAUGCCUGGCGGCAGCGGCCACGGUGCUACAGCCGUUGCGGCGGCCCGGUGGUCUGUUGACGGCGGCAGUAGUCCGGGGCUGUCUAGCGCUGCCCGCGUUCCUGGGUGCGGCGCACUGGCGGGCACCUGCCUGGGUGAUGGCGGCGCUGACGGCGAUAUUGGGCGUCACCAACGGCUACCUGACCACACAGGUGCUCACGAUGGGGCCAUCUGCAGUACUGGACAGCCCACACGACAACCAGAACGUCCGCAACAACCACAACCACCGCAACCACCACGCGCCGCAGCCGCAGCUGCCACAGGCUGCGAGGGCUGUGACGAUGACGAUGACUACGACGGCAGCAAUGACCGAGUCUGCAUUGGCAUCUUCUGCUGCUGGAGACUGUCAGACGGCCAGUCGCGUUGUGCCAACAGCUGUGGUUGAUGGCUGCGGCGGCGGCGGCGGCCGUGCCACGGAGGAGGGGGAGGUCGGCGGUGGAGGACUGCUCGGGGGCGCUUUGCAGCGCUGUUCACUUCAGGGCUUGGGUGCUGCUGCUGCAGCUGCAGCUGCAGCCGGGGCCCCCGCUGUCAUCAGCCGCCAUAGCGAUGCGGAGGUUGUGGAAAUUCUGCUGGUGAUCAGCCUGGUGGCGGGUCUCAAUGCGGGCGCGUAUCUGGGCUGGCUGUGGCUGUUGUAG